GCUCUGCUCUCUCUCUGUGAGGCUGUCAGGGAAGGAGUGUGUGUGUUGCAUGUUUCCAGUGGGAAGUUUUUCUUUUUUUUUUCCAUACUUACACCACUCUUUCAAAGUGUUAGACUGUUCAGUGAGAGAGGAGAGGAGAGAGAGAAAGAAAGAGACAGAGAGAGAAGAGACCCCCAUGUUGCUGUGAUUUGACUAAACAAACAGCCAUUCUCAGAGCGGUACCUCCUCCCAACGGACUCCUGGGACAGCAGAGAGAAACUUCAGAACAUCUGAGAGAACCGGACAUUUGAAGCUGUGGACCCUGGAGGGACUACAGCUGGAGAACUCUCCUCUCAUUUCCCUUCGCUGGCCGGCUUUUUUUUUUUGGGGGUGGGGAGAGGGGUCAGAGAGGGAAGACUCAUCCGCGUCUGCAGGAGCGCUCUGAAGAAUAGUGGGGUCACGAGGCAGCCACGAUGAGGAGGCUGAUAGCAUCUGUGCUCCACCUGAUGGUCACUUUAACAGCUUUGGUGCGUUUCUGCCCAGGCGUGUGCAGCCUGGAGAUCACCCCGGAUGACAAAGAGUUUGUCCUGGCUCGAGGCUCGUCUCUCACCCUAACGUGCUCCGGCUCCAGCCAGGCAAAGUGGGCGCUUAAGAAGGACGAUUCAACUUACUACCUGAAUCAGCUAGAUGAGAACAUGAAAUCGAGAUACAAGAUAUUUGAACCUGAUGCCACGUCGGUUGCUCUGAACCUAACAAGUGUGAGUUGGAUGCAUACUGCCGUGUAUCAGUGCUUUGACGAUGUUGCCGACGAGAUACAGGAAGUGGCAGUUUUUGUCCCAGAUCCUGAAGUUUGGUUUGUAAAGAGCAUCCACGGCAUGGUGACGAAGACCAGUGAGGAAAGCGUCGUCCCCUGUGUGGCUACCAACCCAAACAUCACUGUCAUCCUGUAUGAGAGGGACACAAACAAGCCCAUUAAAGGGCAUUACGUACCCAGUGAGGGGUACCGGGCGCGGCUGGAGGACAGAGCGUACGUGUGCCGUGGAGAGCUGAACGGGGAGGUCAAAGAGUCUCAGGAGUUUAACGUCAUCAGCAUUGCAGUGGCCGAGGACAUCAACCCUUACAUCAACAGUUCAAAGACGGUCCUGAAGCAGGGCGAGCCGCUGACUAUAAACUGCACGGUGCACGGAGUGGAGCUGGUGUUUUUCUCUUGGAAUAUUCCACACACCGCGGUUUUUCAGGUUGAGCCAGAAACGUAUUUCUCCCCAAAGAUGCACUCCUGCCUGACCUUCCCUCGCACCACGAUGGGGCACAGCGGAAACUACGUGUGCCACGUCCAAGAAGUGGUCGUGGGCGUCACAGCUUCUGCAAGCGUCAACAUCACCGUGCUCGAACACGGCUUUGUGGAGGUGAAACCUGCUCAGCGGCAAAACAUUUCAGCCAAGCUCCAGGAGAACGUGGAGCUGAGAGUGGACAUCGAGGCCUACCCUCCCCCUCAGGUCCGCUGGACCAAAGACGGGACCACCAUCAGGGGAGACAAAGCUAUCACCAUCAGACAGGAUCAUGAAAUAAGGUAUGUGACCAUUCUCAGCCUGGUGAGGGUGAGGACGGAGCAGAAUGGCCUCUAUGCGGUCAUCAUUUCCAAUGGAGACGACAAAAAGGAAGUUCUCUUUGACCUGGAAGUCCAAGUCCCUGCUCAGAUUAAAGACCUGACCGACCACAAUCUCCCGGGGAUGAGCGACGUGGUGACCUGCCUCGCUGAAGGGUUUCCAGCUCCGAUCAUACAGUGGUACAGCUGUGACAGCAUGUGUAGCAACCGGACAGCAGCAUGGCAGCCGCUGAAGCCGCAUCCGGAGGUGGUGAGCAUCCAAACCAAUGUCAGCUACAACCAGACGCGUAAAGUCAGCGUGGUGAAGAGCCAGGUGACCUUCCACAAGCCUCAGCAGGUCACAGUUCGCUGCGCGGCCGCCAACCAGGCCGAGCACGUCAGCACGAGGGACGUCAAACUGGUGUCCAGCACGUGGUUCUCCCAGGUGGCAGUGCUGGCUGCUGUUCUGGCCUUAGUGGUCAUUGUUAUUCUGUCGAUAAUCAUCCUCAUCGCUAUAUGGAGGAAGAAACCUCGCUAUGAAAUCAGAUGGAAGGUGAUAGAGUCUGUGAGCCAGGAUGGACAUGAGUACAUUUAUGUGGACCCCAUCCAUCUGCCCUAUGACCUGGCCUGGGAGAUGCCCAGAGAGAACCUGGUGCUGGGUCGCACGCUUGGAUCAGGAGCAUUUGGCAGGGUGGUCGAGGCAACUGCGUACGGUCUCACGCAUUCCCACUCCAGCACAAAGGUGGCAGUGAAAAUGCUGAAAUCCACAGCCAGGAGGAGUGAGACUCAGGCCCUGAUGUCCGAGCUGAAGAUCAUGAGUCACCUGGGACCUCACCUCAACAUUGUUAACCUGCUCGGAGCCUGCACCAAACAUGGCCCUCUCUACCUGGUUACUGAGUACUGUCGCUAUGGUGACCUAGUGGACUACCUGCACAGGAACAAGCACACCUUCCUGCAGUACUACGCUGAGAAGAACCAGGACAGCGGCUGCAUCAUCUCCAGAGGAAGUACCCCUCUCAGCCAGAGAAAAGGUUAUGUGUCCUUCGGAAGUGAGAGCGACGGAGGAUACAUGGACAUGAGCAAAGACGAGCCUUCCUUCUACGUGCCCAUGCAGGAGCAGCUGGACACGAUUAAAUACGCAGACAUCCAGCCGUCCCCGUAUGAAUCCCCCUACCAGCAGGACCUCUACCAGGAACAAGGUGGGGGCAGAACGGAUCUGGUGAUCGGCGACUCUCCCACCCUCACCUACGACGAUCUCCUGGGCUUCAGUUACCAGGUGGCAAAGGGAAUGGACUUCCUGGCCUCAAAGAACUGUGUCCAUCGUGACCUGGCAGCCAGGAACGUAUUGAUCUGUGAAGGCAAGCUGGUGAAGAUCUGUGACUUCGGCCUGGCCAGGGACAUCAUGCAUGAUUCCAACUACAUCUCCAAAGGCAGCCCUUUCCUGCCCCUGAAGUGGAUGGCACCAGAAAGCAUUUUUCACAAUUUGUACACCACCUUGAGUGACGUUUGGUCAUAUGGCAUUCUUCUUUGGGAAAUUUUCACUCUGGGAGGAACUCCUUACCCUGAUUUGCCCAUGAAUGAAAUCUUCUACAGUGCUUUGAAGAGAGGCUACAGGAUGGCCAAGCCUGCUCACGCCUCUGACGACGUGUAUGAGAUCAUGAAGAAGUGCUGGGAUGAGAAAUUUGAGAAGAGGCCCGAGUUCUCCCUCCUGGUGCACAAUGUGGGAAACAUGCUGACGGACAGCUACAAAAAGAGAUACAACCAAGUGAAUGAAAACUUCCUCAAGAGCGACCACCCUGCCGUGGCUCGCACCAAACCUCGCCUCUCCUCUCCAUUUCCAAUCGCCAACCCGGCCUUUGGCUCUCCCUCUCCAAUCACUCAGUCCUUCCCGGGACGCCGCAGCCAGAGCCCGAGGCCUGGAGACGGCAGGCGAGAGGCGGACGCACAGGAAGUCAUCCCUUCGUACAACGAGUACAUCAUUCCUCUCCCAGACCUAAAGCCCGACGAAGUUUUCACCGAAGUGCCGUCGGAAAGCCCUGCAAGCUCUCUGGCUGUGGAGGAGGAGGCCGACUCCACAUCUCAGGACAUGACUGAAACUCUUCCAGAGGAAGACCGGGUGGAGAACACGAGCGAGAGGGACGCACUGCUGGGCUCCAUGGGGACGCCUGAGGUAGAAGACAGCUUCCUGUAGCGCUGCGUGGGAAGGCGGAGGAAACCGAGCCCCUUUCUGUAGACUGAGAAGAAACCCGACUAAAACUGAAAUGUAGCAAAAACUGAGACUGAGAAACAAUCUGUAGUUUUACUGAGCUCUGGAAAACUGCUUCCUUGUUUGAGAGUUUCCGUUUUCUGUCUAAAGUUACAAAUGAAAUAAUGAAAAUGGUACAAAGUUUCUCACUCUUCUGGGAGCUUGCCAGGAGAAGAAUAAGGUCACAUUCCUACACAAUCAGUUUAACCAAAGUAGUGUUGGUGUUCACUGUAGCUGCCAGUUCUGUCAGACACUUAUAAAGCCUUAGGCGGCUCAGAUUGUGCAUUAUUAUUGUGGUAACACUAACUGUUUGUCUUUUUGACUCUCUUAUCUGAGCAUAUGUGAUUUCUUCUUUUUUUU